UGCGGCUCCCCAACCUCCGGUCCGCCCUCGGGACAGCCCAGCUCCCAGCUCCGUGCAGCCCUCCGCUGCCGCCCGCGCGACCCCCCCAUCCCUGGCCCAUGGCCAAGCGGCGUGCAGCUGAGCCGCUCACGUUCCGCGUGCCUUGGAAGCGGCUCCUGCUCAGCGACUUCCCCGAGGAACCGCCGCUCUGGGUCCCGUCGUCUGGGGUGGCUCGGCCCCUCAAGCGCCAGGGGGACGCGGGGACCAUGGCGGAGCCUGCGUCUGCGCCCCGCAAGCGACGCGGCGGUGGGGACGACAGACAGGAGCUGCAGAGCUGUAGCCUGGAGCCCGGAGAGCCACCUCCUGGCGAGCAGGAGGAACCCCGGGUUAGCCGGGCCGCGGGCGGCGGCGACAGGGUUGAGAGCGCGGACAGCCAGCAGGGAGCCGACGGUGUGCACAGCCAGCAGAAUGAAGACUUUUGGCAGUAUAAUACAUUCCAGUAUUGGAGGAACCCUUUACCCCCUGUUGAUCUGGCAGCUCUUGAAGAUGUAAGCGCAAACAGCCUGACAGAAACACUGGAGGACAAGAGUGAAGGAGUUGAAAUUGACAUGGAAUCUUGACAGAAGGAUCUGAAGAAGUGAGAUUUACUGAAUUUGAGGAGACCUAAAGGAAAAGUUCUUUUCCGUACUUGACAUAAUACUUUUUUCAAACCUGAAAAAUGAGGAAGAGUUUUGGGAUAAAUAACUUAUUGCUACUGAAUCUCCUAAUGGAGAGUUGUCAAGGAUGUGGUACAGCUGCAGACAAAAUACUUUGUGUCUGCAUUUUUAAUGAAAAAAGUUUUGUUCAUGCUCUUGACUUUGAAGACGCUUAUCUUGGAAAAGGAAGUUUUGACAGUUUUAGAGGAAGCACUCAGGUCUUCCGAACUUGCUCUGUCAAAUGUUCCUUUGCACCACAAACUUAUUUGUGGUGCAUGGAAUGGAUACAUUUAUACAGCUGAUGCUAAUAAAUACUUUCUUGUACAUCUUGUUGGCUCCCCUUGGUUGAACAAAUAGACUUGAGUAUCUAUGCAAAAUGAAAAUGUGAGAUUGUUUCUGAAAGCUAACCUUGUUUUAAAAGAGUGUAAUUUAAACUAGUGAGGAUUUCUGUUUGGGUAGCUUGUUUUAACGUUCACUAUUUGCUGUUUAUUAAAACAGUAUAGGCAAUGAAUAUAGCCAAACAAUGGAUAGAUAAAGAACAGUAGGAAACAGAUACCUGCCCCUCUUCCCUUUUUCUGAGACAAAAGAAAUGAUCUGGUCAGCUUACUGAUUUUGUUUUGAGGACAUUUUUUAUAGUAUUGAUUACUUUAGACCUGUAGUUCUCAACACUGAUAGCACUUUAACCAUCUCUGCUGGAGCCCUGGUCCUAGAGAGAGCUCAUUCAAUUAUUUGAAGGUGGCUUUACACAUAGGGUUUUUUGUUUUUUGUUUUGUUUUGUUUUGUUUUUUGUUUUUUUUUUUUGUACCGAUUCUGUAUUCCUGUAUUUUGCAGAUGGGGCCAGAACCACUAGACUAGCAGCUUUUCCUGUUGAAAGGAGAUCACUAGUGCAAGCUGCAACAAUCCCUCUUCAUUAAUUUUGUCUGUAUCUUGUUAUUUGAUGUGUCAUUACUAAGUUAUUGUGUUACAGUUUUGUUUUUAAUAAAGCACACUGUUUAUGUUUGA